CGGAGCAGAGCCAUGGACCCUCGCGCCGUGGUGGUGAGGCGCGGCUACAAGAGCUACGGCAACACGCCGGUCCUCGCCGACCUCAACAUGGCCGUCAGCAAGGGCAGCAUCUACGGUCUGCUGGGGGCGAGCGGCUGCGGCAAGACGACCCUGCUGAGCUGCGUGGUCGGGCGUCGACGCCUGGACUCCGGCCAAGUGACGGUUCUGGGCGUCGCCCCGGGCACCAGCGGCAGUGGCGUGCCUGGCAGGAGGGUCGGCUACAUGCCGCAGGAGAUAUCUCUCUACUGCAACUUCACCAUAAAAGAAAAUGUGAUCUACUUUGGAAAGCUGUUCGACAUGAAAAACAAAGAGCUGAAGGAAAAGUUGAAGUUUCUCGUGCAGUUGUUUGAUCUUCCCGACAGUAACACCAGGGUGAACAACCUGAGCGGAGGCCAGCAGCGGAGGGUGUCUCUCGUGGUGGCCAUGGUCCACGACCCGGAUCUGCUAGUCCUGGACGAGCCCACCGUGGGCAUGGACCCCAUGCUGAGGCUCACCAUAUGGGAGUAUCUGAUGGAGAUCUCCCGCGCCAGGGGCAAGACGAUAAUCAUCACCACGCACUACAUCGAGGAGGCCAGGCAGGCCGACACCGUGGGUCUAAUGCGAAACGGAUAUCUCUUGGAAGAAACAUCGCCACUUGAUCUGCUCGACAAAUACGGAUGCGAAUCUCUAGAGGAGGUCUUUCUCUUGCUUAGCACACGACAAGACGAAAAACUGGAUCCAUCUCUGUCCAUAAAUGUGCACGAGGAAGAAAGUGCCUCUGGCAUUUAUGAGCUAGAGACUUUAGGCCAAAAUAAGACUAACUCAUCAGAAGAUGGCGCGUGCAGAGGUCCAAGAAAGAAGUGCAUUUUCUCCGAGGUGUCUACCGCCAAGAUCGUUGCCCUGCUCUACAGGAACGUCUUAAGCAUCGGGAGAGACACGAUGUUGAUGCUGUUCUUCUUCGGGCAGAGCAUGCUGAUGGUGGGGUCCUUCUACCUGGCGUUGAGUGGCAACCCCUCGGACCUGGCGCUUGCAGUGGUCAACCACGAUGCAACGUCCCCCAGCCGCUUGUGUCAGGGACCAAGGGCACUUGGUGGCUGCAACUUCACUGACCUCAGCUGCCUCUUCCUCGACCACAUCGGGGGUCCCGUAUUCAGGAAGGAGUUCUACGACAGCCCGGAGGAAGCGCAGCGGGCGGUGGGUCAGGGGAAGGCAUGGGGCGCCGUGUACUUGGGGGAGAACUUCACCCAGGCGUUCGAGGAGAGGAUCCAGGGAGGCAUCCGCGUCGCCGAUGACGCUGUGGAGCAAGGCAGCAUCUUCACGUGGCUCGACAUGUCAGAUGACAUCAUCAGCUGGGCUGUAAAGGAUGAGCUCUACACCAAGUACCGAGAUUUUUCACGUCAAGUUCUGGCAUCACGUGGCUUCAACCCCAAGUACGGCGAUUUACCGAUGAAGAUUUUCGAGCCUGUGUUUGGUAAAUCGAAAGUUGAUUUCCUGUACGCAGCCAGUCCGGGUCUGCUAAUAUUCUUGAAUUUCUUUCUCGGGGUUUCCUUAUCUGUCUGGACUGUCGUGCUUGAACGUGUGCAAGGACUUCUGACCAGAAAUAUCGUCUCAGGAGUGACGACCUUCGAAAUCAUGCUCUCCUACUUCGUGUGCAUGUUCGUCAUGAUCUGCAUGCAGGCGGGCCUUAUUGUGGUCUUUGCGUUCCUCCUGUUCCAUUACUACAACGUCGGCAGCCUUGCGCUGAUCAGUCUGUUCCUGAUAGCACAAGGCACCUGCGGCCUCUUGUACGGUUUCGUGAUAUCAACGUGCUGCAACAACGAAGGUAUAGCUAUCUACAGUGCUACAGGAAGCUUGUGCCCACUGUUUGUCUUUGGUGGUAUAAUAUGGCCUGUGGAAGGAAUGAACAGGUAUCUGUACUACCUCAGCAUGGUGAUGCCGUUGACAUUGCCCAUCAGGGCCUUACGAUGGAUAAUGGUCCGUGGUUGGACCUUGAGAAACACGGAAGUCUUGGUAGGUUUCCUCACAAUGUUCUGCUGGAUGGCUGUGUUCUCGGUCGCCUGCAUGGUCGUCUUCAGGUUCAAGAAACUCUGAGGUCAUCCUGUAUCUGCCCCUACGAAGGCAGCUGGAAGUUCGUUGAAGAUUUUACUGCAACUGUGGUGUUUGGCAUAUACGAACACUGAUGUGCCACUAGAAUGAAUUUUUGGGGUGGAUUUAUAAAUAAUAAAAAAAUAACUUGAG